AGAAACUCGGCCGAGAAGAUUUGCCUUGGAACCAGACAGCCUCUGCUCAUCAGCAUGGAAGCCGAACCGAGUAACAUUCCUUCGAGUCCACUAGCACCGGAUAAUCAGUUCAAGACGGCCCAAUCGAAUGAACCCAGCGGCCAUAGACUAAAAGAGGACUCAUCAGCGGGCACCUCACUUCUCUCUUCAUCGAGAUCGAAAGGACGGGGGACGAAAUCGAGGAUGAUCAACGUCGGUGGGAAUCGGCUCGAAUCACCCAGUCACUCCAGUCGUCACAAGACUGACUCCUUCCGUCCCUCAAGCUCCCGGCGUGCUAAUCUUGCAUCUAAUGAAUGGAUGUCUAAUCCUCUCGAUGAAAAUCAGAUGAGCCCUAGGAUUACAACGAAAAUCGUUGAUAAGGAGCUCGCUUCUCAUUAUAAUGACAUUGGCGAUCCAUUCUUGGAAGAAGAUCCGUCGUAUGCCAAUUUGCCAUCUCUCAAUGACCCUUCAACAGAGCCCACUCCUGGAACGGCCUCGAGCUCUGAGCCUCCCGCCAAUCACGCUCUGGAAUCUAGCGAUAUGAAUGAAAAUACCGCGAUCGCUUCUCCUCCAGGCUCGCCUAUCACUUCAUAAUUUAAUGCGAUGUGUUUGAAAGCAAAAUGAUGCCAUAAACAUUAUCCGCCCUUUUCACUUGAUAAUGAGUUAUCUGGUCUCAAGAAAUUAGGACAAUUUACUUGAUAGAAAACUUAACCUACACAAAUCCUUCACCCAAAGGGAUCUGUUUCUUAAUUAACUUACCCUAUUCUAUCUUAGUUAUCAUUAUUUAUAUCAUCGAGUUAUGUGCUACAAAAGUGAAAUUCUAGUCUCCUAUGUGUUGAAUCAUGAAAUCUUGAUCGGCCGUGUCAAAAGAUAUAUUGCGA